AUGGAGCCUUGGACAAGUUACUUGCCCUCCCUGAUCUUGUAUGUAAUUGAGGACGCUUCCAGUGUGGAUACCAUGACAAAAAGAAGAGCCUUCUUGAGCACCAGGACCAGGCCUAGACUCAGUGCAGCACUUCUGCCAGUGCCACGUCCAACGCCAACUCAAGUGACUGUGACGCCGCUGCAUGGUGUGGCCCACCCGGGUCUCAUCUUCCCUGGCUGCGGGGUCCCUGCCAUCCAACCAGUGCUCAGCGGCCUGUCCAGGAUCGUCAAUGGGGAGGACGCUGUCCCAGGCUCCUGGCCCUGGCAGGUGUCCCUGCAGGACAAAACCGGCUUCCACUUCUGCGGCGGCUCCCUCAUCAGCGAGGACUGGGUGGUCACCGCUGCCCACUGUGGGGUCAGAACCUCUGAUGUGGUCGUGGCCGGGGAGUUUGACCAGGGCUCUGACGAGGAGGACAUCCAGGUCCUGAAGAUUGCCAAGGUCUUCAAGAACCCCAAGUUCAGCAUGCUGACCGUGCGCAAUGACAUCACCCUGCUGAAGCUGGCCACGCCCGCCCAAUUCUCUGAGACAGUGUCAGCUGUGUGCCUGCCCAGCGCCGACGAUGACUUCCCCGCAGGGACCCUGUGUGCCACCACCGGCUGGGGCAAGACCAAGUACAACGCCAACAAGACCCCUGAGAAGCUGCAGCAGGCAGCCCUGCCCCUUGUGUCCAACGCCGACUGCAAGAAGUUCUGGGGCAGCAAGAUCACCGACGUGAUGGUCUGCGCCGGGGCCAGUGGCGUCUCCUCCUGCAUGGGCGACUCCGGCGGCCCCCUGGUCUGCCAGAAGGAUGGAGCCUGGACCCUGGUGGGCAUUGUGUCCUGGGGCAGCGGCACCUGCUCCACUACCACGCCUGCUGUGUACGCCCGCGUCACCAAGCUCCUGCCCUGGGUGCAGGAGAUCCUGGCCGCCAACUGAGCCCGAGACUUCUACUCCCUCUGCCCCAAGAUUUCCCAUUAAAUGCAUCUGUUUAGAAGCACUGA